CGGCGGCUGUUCCCUCGGAGCCGGUCCCCAGCGUGCCAGGCUCCGAGGAGGGCUUCAGCCUCUGGUCCCCCUGGAGUCCCUGCUCCAAAACUUGCACCGACCCCGAGGUCCCGGCGACGAAAACCCGGACCCGGAUCUGUGGGGGAGGAGCCAACUGCAGCGGAGAAUCGUUCCAGGAGCAGGCAUGUAACCUGCCCCAGUGCACAGAGGUGCCGCCGUGCCUGGGCGAGGAGUGCGCCGGCAGGAACUGCAGCUGGACCCCGUGGGCGCCCUGGGGCGCAUGUUCCCGCAGCUGCGGCGUGGGGCAGCAACGGCGCCUGCGCACCUACCACCCGCCCGGGCAGGGGGGGCUCUGGUGCCAGGACAUCCUGACGGCAAACAUGGAGCGGCGCUUCUGCAACCUGCAGGCCUGCAAAG